CGAACAAACUCUUCCCUAAUUAUAGAAAAGAAAACUCCUUCUUAUUCUUUUUCUUCUCCAAAAUCUCUAUCUCUCUCUGUUGCUUUUUGUAUCUCUCUGUCUCUCUCUCCCUGCUCCGAAGAAAAUGAUUCAGAAGAAAUACAAAGUAACCAUUAUUGGUAGUGGUAAUUGGGGUAGUGUUGCCGCAAAACUUAUUGCAUCCAAUACCUUAAAGCUCAAUUCGUUUCAUGAUGAAGUUAUAAUGUGGGUGUUUGAGGAAACCUUACCAAAUGGUGAGAAACUCACAGACAUCAUCAAUAAAACCAAUGAAAAUGUCAAGUAUUUGCCUGGAAUAAGGCUUGGCAGCAAUGUUGUGGCAGACCCAGAGUUGGAGCAUGCAGUGAAGGAUGCAAAUAUGUUGGUAUUUGUAACCCCACAUCAAUUCAUGGAAGGUAUAUGCAAGAGACUUGUUGGAAAGAUUAAAGGAGAUGCUGAAGCAAUUUCUCUCAUUAAGGGUAUGGAGGUGAAACCGGAAGGUCCUCAGAUGAUUUCCAGUCUUAUCAGUAAACAACUUGGUGUCAAUUGUUGUGUUCUCAUGGGUGCUAACAUUGCCAAUGAGAAGUUUAGCGAAGCAACAGUUGGAUACAAAGAAGACGAAGAGGUUGCACAAAGAUGGGUUCAGAUUUUCGGCACUCCUUAUUUUCAUGUAUCAGCUGCCAGGGAUGUUGAGGGCGUGGAACUAUGUGGGACAUUAAAGAAUGUUGUGGCCGUUGCAGCAGGCUUUGUUGAUGGUUUGGAGAUGGGAAAUAACACCAAGGCGGCAAUAAUGCGAAUCGGUUUAAAUGAAAUGAAAGCAUUUUCGAAGUUGAUGUUCCCAUCUGUUUGUGAUAACACCUUUUUUGAGAGCUGUGGGGUAGCUGAUCUCAUCACUACAUGCAUGGGAGGAAGAAACAGAAAAGUGGCAGAUGCUUUUGCAAGGAGCGGCGGGAAGAGGUCUUUCCACGAGCUCGAAGCAGAGUUGUUGCAUGGCCAGAAACUACAGGGAGUAUCAACAGCAGAAGAAGUCUAUGAAGUUUUAUGCCAACGUGGAUGGCAAGAGUCAUUCCCGUUAUUCAAGACAGUUCACGAGAUAUGCGUUGGUCGUCUUCCUCCUUCUGCGAUAGUUCAACAAAGUGGCAAUGCUACACAAAUUCCUGUCUACGGAAGGCUUUGAGCAACACCAACUUUUGGAUUUAAAUCUGGAUCCUAAUUGAAAUGUAAAUCGGCGUAAAAGUUCAAUCUUACAGGGCACGUAGCCGAACAGAACUGAAACCUAUGACAUCCUUUCUUUACAGCUUUGAGUCACAUGGAAUUGACAGUGUCUUGGGCUAACUCUAACAAAGUAUCAGGCAUUUAGUAUUCAUACUUAAAAUUGUAAUGAAAGUGGGUUAGGAAAUUAUAAUACAACCACAACUCAUCCGUGUAUUAAAGCCUUUCUAAACUUAUGAUAUAGUAUUAUGGCUUCUACUAGAGAUCUCUUGGCAGACAUUUCCUUCAUCUGUUGUAGUUUUAUCCUGAACUGCAUUCUGUGGACCUUUUCCUGAACUGAAAUUAAUGUUUCAGCUUGAGCUGUAUUGUUUGGAAAA